CGUGACACUUGUGACUGAAAAGAAUUAAGAGGAGAAAAAAACUGUGUAGUUUCAUUAAACGGGUGUAACUGCUUAAAAUUGAAUUGCUAUAUUUUACAAAUGAUCCCUCAGUUAAAUAUAUUCUUCUAGAUUUACUUUUGCUGCAGUCUGGUAUGCAAUUGAUUUUUUUCAAGCGGCAGCACAUAUAAAGUGAAGAAUAACACUAACAGCAGAACUUUCAGUGUUUCCUGCUUGCGCUAUUCGACGUUUUGAAUAACCGAAACAUCUUGCAACCGAUCCAAAUCUUUAAGAAGCGCUAGAGUACGCAAAGUAAUGGAAGAAAACGAAAUUGUUCCUGAUGUUUUGGACGUGACUCCCACUCAUUUAUUAGAGGUAAAGUAUGGCGAUGAUGAGGUGAAUUUGGGAAAUGAGCUGACUCCAACCCAAGUUAAAGACCCACCAACUUACAUCAAUUAUCCUUUUGAAGCUAAUGAUUUUUACACCCUCUGUAUGACUGAUCCAGAUGCCCCGAGUAGGCAGAACCCAAAGUUUCGUGAAUGGCAUCAUUGGUUGGUAGUGAAUAUUCCAGGAAAGGACAUCUGUAAAGGAGAAGUAUUAUCAGACUAUAUUGGCUCAGCUCCUCCAAAAGGAACAGGACUACACCGUUACGUGUUUGUAGUAUACAAGCAACCAGAAUGCUUGAACCCCACAGAAAAACAACUUACUAACACGUCAGGCAAACACAGGGGCAAUUUCAAAAUUCGAGAUUUUGCUGCUAAAUAUGAUUUGGGGGAUCCAUGGGCAGGAAACUUCUACCAGGCUGAGUGGGAUGAGUACGUUCCCAAACUGUAUGAACAGCUCAGCAACUAAUUCCAUGUAACUUUAAGUCGUUUUUUUGUGUGAAAUAUCUUGCUUCAGGAAAUCAUUUUAUCUGAAUAAUUCAUGGAAUAUGGCAUCACUUUAGCAGUAAAUAACUCUAACAUCAGUAAGCUCUACUUGUAUCCAUUAGUGUAGGGUCAUAUUAACACUAUUUAGCUUGCAUCCGCUACUGUGGUGUUAAGUUAACACCAGAUAGCUCAGCUUGCAUCCGCUACAGUGGUGUCACGUUAACACCAGAUAGCUUGGCUUGUAUCUGCUACUGUGGUGUCACAUUAACACCAGUUAGCUUGGCUUUGUAUCUGCUAUUGUGGUGUCACGUUCCAUUGUGCUAAAGCUACACUGGUAUUAAAUACCAUUUGAUUUUUGCUAGCUGCAGUCUGUUAGACCAUUACCAUUUUUCACCUUAAAACUUUGUUCAGUGAUUUUUAUAUGCACAGUGAAAUGAUAUGUUAGAAAGAAUAAAUUGUUCAAUCUAAAAUAAUAUGCAGAAUGAAUAAUAUAGCCCUUUUGAUUAAACCCCCAUGAUGGCUCAGCAAUAAGUUAAUGGGCUUAUAAAGCUAAAAAUUAUGUUUUGAUAACCACGGUAGACAGAGCACAGAAAGCUCAUUGUGUAGCUUUGUGUUUUACAAGAAACAAACCUUUGUAAUAAAUCAUUUUAUUGUGCUUAUGCAAUUGUUGUACAAUUUUUAAAGUUGAAAUUAAUUAGAAGUGCCAUGUAACAUUUAUCUUUUCCAUUAUUCCAAUUAAAACCACAGUACAGGAUAUUCAUUAAA